GCUCCCCACCGCUGCCCGGCUUGCAGGCCUUCGGCGGCUUCUGGGCCCGAGCAGCGGGCCGGGGCGAGGGCGGGGAGCCUGCGGGCUGCCCCUCCGCGCCGAGAGCGCCGCGGCUGCAGGUGGGCCUGGGGGCGGGCGCAGGGGCGGGCCCGGGGGCGGCGGCGGAGGGGAGGCGCCGCGCCGGCAGCCGGGCGGCCAGAGGGCCGAGAGCGCAGCGCGGCCGCAGCCCGACGGCAGGCAGGCAGGCAGGCGACCGAAGCCCCGCAGCGCCCGCGGCACCUGCCCGCCUCCCGAGAUGCCCAACUUCGCCGGCAACUGGAGGAUGAAGAGCUCGGAGAACUUCGAGGAGCUGCUCAAGGCGCUGGGUGUCAACGUGAUGCUCCGCAAGAUCGCCGUGGCUGCGGCCUCGAAGCCAUCCGUGGAGAUCAAGCAGGACGGAGAACGUUUCUACAUCAAGACGUCCACCACGGUGCGCACCACUGAGAUCACCUUCAAAGUGGGCGAAGAAUUUGAGGAGCAGACGGUGGAUGGGAGACCGUGCAAGAGCUUGGCCAAAUGGGAGAGUGACAAUAAAAUGGUGUGUGAGCAGAGACUGCUGAAAGGAGACGGGCCCAAGACCGGCUGGUCCCGAGAAAUGACCAACGAUGGGGACCUCAUCCUGACCAUGACUGCUGACGACGUCGUCUGCACCAGGAUCUACGUCCGGGAGUGAGGCCUGUUUGUGGGGGGAGGUGGGAAUGGGGGGCCCAGGAGAGACAGAGGAACCUGACAGCUGGGGGGGGGGGCUUUCAAGGGGGCUCCCGUGGUGGCUGAUCCCAGCCUCUCGACCCAGCUGCAGGGACCAGAACAAGGACUCACGUGCUCAGAAGCCCUGAAGUCUCAGCGGCGCAUUGCCUGAAGCUGAGGGACGAAGCGGCCUUUGCCCUGUUGCCACGAGACCCACGAGCCGCAUCCACAAGCUGCAUCGUGUGCCACCAGGGGCCGCCAGGCAGCUGCCCCUCUGCCCCGUGAGCGUCCCUUCAGCCGAGAGGGGCUUCCCUUGUUUGGAAAAGGACCUGUGGAGUCUGGGAUCAGGCUUGGGAGCCUGCGGGGGGGGGGGGGCGGGCAGCCACCAGUUCCGGCCUCCCUUUCUCAGCCUCCCUCAGUGUGGGGGGAGGAGGAGGGGCAAGGGGGCUGCGUGUGGCUUCCUUUUCGUGGCCGGUCCCCUUUGGCCCCCCACCCCGGAACCGCUUGCUUUUGUUUCUUCCAAACGGGUGCCAGUUUCUCUCUCUCUCUCUCUCUCUCUCUCUCUCUCCCCCUCUCUCCCCUCCCCACAACCGGGGCCACAUUCCUGUCGGAAAGGAGAUGCGGCUUAGCUGAGAGCACCCCCUGCCCCGCCCUCCCCCCGCCCCAGCCCCCCAGCCCUGAAGGCCUCUGUGUACCUUUUCUCAGUCUUCUGCCACAGUAGUUACGAUAUGCUUAGAAGUAUUUAUUGCCACUCCUGGAUGAAAAGAUGAAGCCACCGAAGGAGCCUGUAUGGGCAAUGCUGGCCCUUCCGUGAGAACUCCCCCCCCCCGCCCCCCGCACGUGCUUCCUUGCAAAUAAACGUCUCUGUCAAGCUGACUGCCCCGG